AUGCAAGCUAUUUUGAUGUUACUCCCAUUAAAGGAACAAAAACAAGGUGACGCCCCUACUGAAGGCAACAAUGUGGGAGCAGAAUGGGUAACGGACUAUGGUGAUCAAUUCACAACUUAUUCGAUAUUCAAUGGUAGAGAUGCAUUACUUAGAUGGGCUCAUGCACAAGGAAAAAUGAAUAAUAUUGUCAAUUUAAUUAAAAGGUCUAAUUAUGGAGGUGAGGGCAAAAGGAGACCUCGAGUAAUACUUGCUUGUGAAAGGAGCGGUAACUAUAAGUCUUGCAAGUCUAGUGAGACAACUGAUAUAAGGUCGGAUGCAAAUAGUGAUAUGAAAAAAUGUGCUAAGGACACUAGUACCAAGAAAUGUGGAUGUCCAUUCUUGUUAAAAGGUGUCAAUAUUGGUGAUGGGGAUGAUUGGAAGUUGGAGGUGGUUUGUGGAGUACAUAACCAUCAUAUUUCAGAGUAUCUUCAAGGUCAUUCAUUUAUAGGGCGACUUUCUGAAGAGGAGAAUGCCUUAUUGGUGGACAUGUCUAAGAGUUUGGUGAAACCCAGAGAUAUUUUGGUAACCUUGAAGGAUAGAGAUGCAAUGAAUGUUUCAACUAUGAAGACAAUAUACAAUGCUAGGAUCCGAAAUAGAACCAAAGAAUUUGUUGGGAGAACCCAAAUGCAACAGUUGCUUACUAAGUUAUCCGAACACAAUUAUAUUGAGUGA